AUGCUGCUCCGAUCCGGGCGGCGCAUCGCGACCCAAGAAGAAGCCGACCGGGCAACCGUGCGGAGAAGAAGACGGAGGGCAAGGUCGGAUCUACUCACCGCCUUUCCGGAAGAGAUCCAGCAGGAGAUCCUGGCCCGCCUCCCGCCCAAGUCCGUGCUCCGCUGCCGAGCCGUCUGCCGAUCGUGGCGCCGCCUCGCGUCCGACCCCGCGUUCCUGCUCGACCACCACCGCCACCAGCCAAAGCUCCAACUAAUAAGCUCCUGCCGAACCGCCGGUGGCGACGAUGGGCACAUCCGCCGCCUCGAAGCCUUCCACCUCCGGGGCGCCCAGGCCCGGCGGCCAGUCUUCGGCUUCCCAAACCACUUCGCCUCCCGCUACUCCCGUUUUCCCGUCACCGCCUCCUGCUACGGCCUGCUUGUCGUCGGCCGGUACUCCAUCUGCAACCCGGCCACGCGACAGUGGGGGUCCCUCAGCACCAACCCCAAGCUCCACAUCGAGAAAGUCGUCAGCCUCUUCCGGCACCAACCUUCCGGGGAGUACCGCGUGCUGUACUGGACAUGCUCUUACACCUUGCCGCUCCUCCCCACGGAAGUGCCCUGUCCGAACGAGUACCGCGUCCUCACCGUGGGAACCAGCGAAUCGAGGCUCGUCGAUUGUCCGUUAACGCGGAUGAUAGGCGAGUUGGGACCGAUCAUCUGUGGCGCGCCGGUCCUUCUCGAUGGAACCCUGCAUGUGCACUGGAUGACGCGGUCGACUGUCCGCUACCACAAGAUACUGGUGUUCGACACGGUGGCGGAGACGUUCCGGCACAUGGUCCCGCCAUCCGUAAACCCCCGCCAUGCUAUGCACUUGCUUGACAUGUGCGGCAAGCUUGCCGUGGCCACCAGCAAGGACCGCGUGACCGGGAUGACCAUCUUUGUGCUGCAGGACAAGGAGCAAGACGUCUGGGCGUUCCACUACCGGAUCAAACUGCCGGUCAUGGAUAUCAGGCGUUUCCAGGAGCAGGGUAAUUUGUGGGCAGAGGUUGUCUCCGAGGAGGGAGACGUGCUUGUUUGCUGCUAUGGCUAUCUGUUGCACUGCGACAAAAAUGGCAACUUGGUAGCUAGCUUCAAGUAUGAUGAUGACCUGCCCGUGGUUCUACCUCAUAGGCUCAAAGAGAGUCUUAUCCAGCAUACCUUUUUCCAGAAGACAGAGAGCUGAUUCCUAUCGAUUCUUCAUUUCGCGCCAUGUUAAAUGAGAGGACUGGUAGAGUACUUCAGAUGUUGCCCAUGUUUUGGACUAUGCUGCUACAGUGGGGAGCUUGAUUUGUAUGUUGUUGACCUGUUACAUUUACCAACUUCUGUGUGAUGAUUCUGUUAUGCUAAUAGUUUCAUGAACGGCGGCAUGGUGUAUGUGUUGACCAAAGGUUUCAUAGAUGUUAACUGCAGUGAAAAGUCAAGACGUUUUUAAGGUGAAAAGAAAUAUUCAGGGUUUCCUUUUUGCGAAAAGAGUUACAAA